AUGAUCUUCGCCGCCAGUCAACUUCAGGAGAAGUGUCAGGAGAUGCGGACCCACCUGUACUCUAUCUUCGUUGACCUUACGAAAGCCUUCGACACGGUGAAUCGUGAAGGACUGUGGAAGAUCAUGCAGAAAUUCGGCUGUCCGGAGCGAUUCACUCAGAUGGUGUGUCAGCUGCACGACGGUAUGAUGGCGCGAGUCACGGAAAACGGAGCUGUCUCGGACGUAUUCGCAGCAACUAACGGAGUGAAGCAGGGCGGCGUACUGGCGUCUACCCUAUUCAGUCUUAUGUUCUCUGCCAUGCUGAUGGACGCCUACCGCGACGAACGCCCCAGGAUCCGCAUCGCCUACAGGACGGACGGUCACCUCCUGAAUCAACGGCGGAUGUACUUCCAAUCGCGCGUAUCCACAACCACUGUUCACGAACUCCUCUUCGCCGACGACUGCGCCCUGAACACCACCUCGGAAGAGGAGAUGCAACGGAGCAUGGACCAGUUCUCCGCCGCCUGCUAG